CAAUUCCGACGCGAACGCGCCCAAACGGAAAGGACGAGGCCAUUUUGCAUCCCAAACAGCGGUGCUACUCAUUAAGUACAAACGAGAAAUAGACCUUUGCGGUCGAGCCAGGUGGUGCAGGGACGCAAUUCAAGAAAAAUGGCUUUUCGGCUCUCUGCUUCUACAAUGUUUCUGCUGGCGCUGGGCUUGCUGGCCCUGGGCUCUGCCAGAGCUGCCCGACUGAAUGCUUUGAAAGACGUCUCACAGCCACAAGGCGGGGUGCCGGCGCAUAAGCAAAUUGCCGCGCGCCUUGAGGCUCUCCGCGCGAGGCCGGACGAGUACAGCGAGGCGGCCCUGGACGACCUGGUGCCGCACCUACCGGGGUGGGGGUCAGUGGACGACUUCAACCUGUUCGCGGGGUAUGUGACGGUGGACGAGGAGGCGGGCCGGGCGCUGUUCUACGUGCUGGCGGAGGCCGUGGACGAGCCGCCCGCAGCGGCAGGACGAGCAGGCCGCGAGGGAGCCGGGGCCGCCACAAAGCCUCUGCUGCUGUGGCUGAACGGCGGCCCCGGCUGCUCCUCUCUGGGCGGCGGCUUUAUGACGGAGCUGGGGCCGUUCUACCCGCAGCCGGGCGGCCGCAGCCUUGAGGCCAACCCACACGCCUGGAACGCCUUCGCCUCCGUGCUGUGGAUCGAGAGCCCCGCGUUUGUGGGCUUCUCCUACUCCAACAGCUCCGCAGACGCCAUUGUGGGCGAUGCGCGCACGGCGGCCGACUCGCGCCAAUUCCUGUUGGGCUUCCUGGAGCGCUUCCCUAGGUUCCGUGACACGCCCUUCUACAUCUCGGGCGAGAGCUACGCGGGCCACUACGUUCCCAACCUGGCCGCCGACAUUGUGGACGGCAACAAGGCGGCCGCCGCCACUGGCGAGCCGCGCAUCAACCUGCAGGGCUUCCUGGUGGGCAACCCCUGGACCGACGCCGCCAUAGACAACCUGGGCGCGGUGGACUAUUGGUGGUCUCACGCGCUGGUGAGCGACCAGACGGCACAGGGCAUCCGCGCCAACUGCAACUUCACGCGCAUUGGGCCCCUGGACCCGCACCCGGCGCACGCCAACGCGGAGACGCGCGACGAACUGUGCGACGACUUCUGUAACAAGGCAUUUGACGAGCUGGGCAACAUCAACAUCUACGAGAUCUAUGCCGACAUGUGCACCGAGCCCCGGGGUCUGAGGCGCCAGGUCGAGGCGCUGAGCUGGGCGCUGGGCGGCGGCGAGCAGGAGCAGCACCAGCAGGAGGAGGGUGGCGCCCGUCGCCGCCUGGCCAAUGCUGCCGCCCUGUCUGCUACUGCCGCGACUGCUGCACUCAGGAAUGGCGGCAGCGCCGCUAGUAACAUGCACACCGCCAUCCACAUUGCCGGAACGUCUAAGCCGCUCUCAUACCGCGCGGCGCGGCGGAGAUGGCAGCAGCAACAGCAGCAGCAGGCGGCUGAAGCCGCAGUAAGUGCGGGGCCGCUGGGGGCCAGUGGCGACGGCGCGGACCCGGGCUACGACCCGUGCGUGGACGACGAGGCGGAGGCCUACCUCAACCUUCCCGAGGUCCAGGCGGCGCUUCACGCCAACCAGACCGUGAAGCUGCCGUGGCGGUGGACGGACUGCACGCGCUCCAUCGUGUACAGCCGCGAGGACCUGCUGGCCUCCAUGCUGCCCACCUACCAGAAGCUGCUCACGGCUGGCCUGCGCAUGUUGGUGUUCAGCGGCGACGUGGACGGCAUUGUGCCGGUGGUGGGCACACGGCGCUGGGUGGCGUCACUGCGGCUCAAGGAGAAGUCCCCGUGGCGGCCGUGGACGGCGGGGGGUCAGGUGGGCGGCUAUGUGGUGGAGUACGCGCAGGGCCUCACCUUCGCCACGGUGCGCGGCGCUGGGCACAUGGUGCCCUACGUGCAGCCGGCGCGCGCAGCCAAGCUGGCCCGGAGCUUUCUGGAGGGGAAGCCCCUGUGAGGAUAUUAAAGUGCAUCAAAGGACAACUGGUGCUGGCGUGUAGUGCACAAGUGUGGGCACGGCGUGAUACAGUCCAUGUUUCAAGAGCCCCCAUCCUUGGCGCUACGCUCUGCCGAUGAACCGGGCGGUUACCGACAACAACAGGGAAGCUGGACCCCUUUGUUGCAUGGGCAUGGGCAUGGGCAUGGGCACGGGCAUGGGCACGUGGCCUUGCUAAGGCAGAAGUCGCAAUGGCAUGGGUUCAGAGGUGUUCUGUGGACUGCGACGGCUCGAACCUGCAACGGCUUGCUCGCUAUAAUUCCAGAGACACCAGCUUAGUUUUUUGCUUCGCGAGUUAAAAGUUUUGCAGUGGAGAUGCCAACCGAGAAAGUAGGUCGACGAGUUGCGAGUGAUAGCCGCGCGGGACCUGUAAUUUUGACCAAACACAUAACGCAUCAUCGAUUGCUCAGGUUGGAGUGCUUAUCGUCGGAGCAGGCCCAACGGGUCUGGGUGCUGCGACGCGCUUGGCACAGCAUUGCCACCAAGACUGGCUUCUUAUAGAUGCAGU